CCAAAUGCCAAGAGAUGACAACUAUCAAGAGGCAAGAAGAGGAAGAGGCAGAGGCCGUGGCAGGUGGAAUGCACAGAAUGGCAGGAUUGGGGAGAGAGACAGGUUUAGAAUCUGCGGCCAGAAAGGUCAUUGGGCCAGGGAGUGUCCAGAAAAUCCGAACAACUUCCCCCAACAGCAGCAGUACCAAAAUAACUUCCGACAGCAGCCACAGCAGAGCUACCCGCAGCAGAGGCAGAACUACAGAGAGCAACAACACACUUCUUCUUUUCCUCCCCCUCCGCCAACGGCAAGCUCCACAGCAUAGGAUGAGGAGGGAGACACUCAAACUCGAACAACUCAGCUUAUUCAACUGACUAAAGACCCAAGCUCAAAUCCAAUGAUGACGAUACUUGUACAAGGACUUCCAGUCUCCAUGUUAUUGGACACUGGGGCCACGAGGUCAACACUUACGGUAGAGACUGCAUCUAAAUUUGAUAAAUUGCCACUUUCUAACCAAACUUGUACUACUUAUGGUAUAUCAGGGAUAGCACAGAUUGAUAAAGUGUCAAUGCCAUUAGCAGUAGUUAAUGGGGAGAAAAAGUGUGCACAUUCAUUUCUGAUUUCUCAAACAUGUCCUUUAAAUUUGAUGGGCAGGGAUCUAAUUUCUAAAUUAGGAUUAACAAUCGAUGUUUCCUUGAGGGGAGUUGAAGUGACAACUAUGAGUGCUAAUUUUGCUCAGAUAUUACCAAACUGGUAUUAUAAUUGGGCUAUAACUCCUUCAUUUGAUCCAUAUUCAGAAUAUAGUUUUAUACCUGCUGAUUAUGAAAAACCAUCUCAUUUCCAUUGCACUUCAUGGUUUGUGGGUCAUGAAAGAAAUAGCGAGUAUGAAGAAAGUUGGUUCGAUGGAUCUCUGGGUGAGACAUUAAAUCUUGAGUAUCUAUUAAUAUCGCAGCAUUUCUCAGCAUUCACUGUAAAACUAACACCAUCUCAAUCUACUCUUUUCCAACAGAUGCAAGUCCAGCCUCAUGUCUCAGUGGGGAAAAGAGGAAGCUCCUGGGCGGAAGUAGGAGCGUGGCUCACGGAGCAAGUGGAGAAGGGGGGCUGGACUUGGCAUGAUGAUGGGUAUUAUACAAAUGAAGCAGGGGUUAAAGCUGCUCUGCCAGUUCCAGGUGUUGGACCCCAGCACUCUUACGAGCCAGGACAGUGGGUCUGGAUCAAAGAUCUCAGGCGAAAGGGGUGGAGCAACCCAAGGUGGCUAGGGCCAUACGAGAUCAUUUUAACAACAAACACCGCAAUCAAGGUCGCUGAACGUGACACCUGGGUUCACGUGUCACAUUGUAAACCCCACCAACACGCAGAUUCAAGCCAAAAGUAGAGGAAAUCAGGGCGUACUAGUGACGAUCCCUCCUCUGCCAACGAAGGAAAGACCUUGCUACGGCUCGCAAAGAGUCAUCAAGGUGAAGAUGGAACGCUUCAGACGUCUGUGGGGCCAACGGGAUGAUCAGCGCACCUGGGAGCGGCUCUGGGCCGACAAAUUGUUUAAGUGUAGCAUAUGUGUUAUUGCAUUCAUAAGUGUUGUGAUUUUGGUUGUGCUUUUGCUUCUGUGUUUGAAUUUUCUGCAGGGAAUGUCGAAGGUAGAGGGAAUGUUGCAAGUAGAGGGAAAAGGGAGGUGAUGUCAGUUCCUGUUUAUCAUGACCACUCAUCCAAUGUGAACCAGCACCAUUUUGGGUUGAAUAUGUUUUGGAAAUAUGCUAGUUACACAGCCAAACAGCAUGCACCUAACAAAAAUUGCUAUGUUUGUGCACAGGCCUCCUUCUCUGCCGCAUACCCAUAUCCAUUGUCUCCAGAGCCGGUAGAAGAUCAUGAAUUAAGGUGCAUUAUGAUUCGUAUAGCUGGACCGGGAUCGGAGUGUUAACUAUUCCGAUUUGCAAAUGACACUCAAUUGGCUUUGACAUUUUUGAAAACUGAAGUAGGAGCUCUGAGACAAAUGACUCUAGAAAAUAGGAUGGCUCUGGAUGCGAUCCUAGCAGAGGAGGGGGGAGUUUGUGUGAAAAUUGGUAAGGAAUGUUGUACUUUUGUUCCAGCUUAUGAUGCUGAUGAUGGUAGCAUUUCAAGGGUGCUGACUGACAUGACAAAGGUUCGGGAUGAUUUGUGGCAAGAUGAACAGGCCAAGAAUAAGGGGAUAGGAUGGAGUUUAGAUUGGAUCUCUGAUGCCUUCCGCAAUGCUUUUGGCAAUAUCUUCGGACCCAUACUUAAGUUUUUGGCAAUUAUAUUCGCAACCUUGCUUGUUGCAAUGAUGAUAAUUGGGUGUUUGAUGAAGUGCAUUCGAGUUGUAUUGGGAAGGUUUGUCCAAAGCAUUGUGGAAGCAAGGGAAGAAAGAGAGUAUGUGGAGUUGUUGCCAGCUGUCAGGAAUGAUUACCAAAAUCUGCAGGACAAUAAUGCACAUCGAUUUUAAUCAAGUUUGAUCAUUUUUGAUUGAAGUAAAAUAUGAUCAAGAGAGGGGAAUGUGAUGGAAUUUUUGAACUAAUUAAUAAUGAACUAACAUUUCUUUUCUUCUACAGGCCUAAUAAUAAUAAUAAUCUAACUUAGAAAUAGAGAAACAGUCACUAGGACUGAGUGUUGUGAUUCAGAAACAUUCUGCUGUGCUGGCUAGACAGCAUCCUUCUGGGGAUAAAAAAUAGUCUUUGAGAGGUUGUUCUAACCUAUUGAGUAAUCUGAACUAUUAACCCUGAGACAUUUUUUGAUGAUCUUGUGAUUCAGUUGUUCUAAUCUAAAUUUACUCCGGCAGUAAGCGGGACAGAGGAACUGAUAUGUUUUUCUUAAAUCUAAACCAAUCAUAUUGAGACUGAUGAUAAUGAGUAAUAGUUCAUGCCAUGCUGACUAUGAAGUGUACCUGAAAUCCUAUAAAACGUGUUGUAUUCCUUUGUUCGGAGAGAGAUUCUCUGGAAUGAUGAGAACUCUCCCGGCCGUGAUUAAAGCAUAUUCUGAUGCAUA